AUGUUUGCUCGCUUUGCACGCAUUGGUGUCGGUCAUCAAAUUCAGUAUGUCUUGCCAAUUGCAACUGAUGAUGAAGAUUUUAUCGGGCGCCUGAGCAAUGAUGACGAACCUUUGGAUGAGGGUGAUCUGGAACCUACGACAAGCAGCACCGUUGAGUCCCGCAUUAAUGAGCACCAGAAUCGAGCUCAAGGGGAAAUAACCGAUGAUGAAGAAGACAGUGGAUCCGAUGCAUGGGAUGAUGAAGACGAGGAUACAUCAAUGAGUGACGAGGAUGAUGAAGACGAGGAUACAUCCAUGAGUGACGAGGAUAAUGAAGACGAGGAUACAUUCAUGAGCGACUCGGAUGAUGAAGGGCCAGACUUCAAAUUUUAG